AUGGGGGUGCCUAGCAUCGGUGUAGCCUCGUUUCAGGAGAAGGUUGCGCCACAAGACAUUGACCCUGCCAUGGCUGUGGCUGGCGGCGAAAUUGUGCAUUUUAGUUCCGAGGAGGCAGCAUCGGUCCUUCGGAAGAUUGAUCUCUACAUCCUGCCCUUGAUGUGCUGGAUCUACGCUAUUCAAUUUGCCGACAAGAUCAGUCUCAACUACGCCUCUUUGAUGGGCAUCCGAGAGGAUACCCACCUCGAUCCCAACUCCCAGCAAUAUAGUUGGGCAUCCAGUAUUUUCUACGCCGGUUACAUCUUCUACGAGUAG